AUGCCGUUGCCUCAGGUGCUGCACCUGCAGCACCUGGUGAUGAGAAUGACACUAUGGACAUAUCAGAAGUAUCAACAGAAUCAGGUUUUUCUGCCAGCCACUCAUCUCCUUCCAAAGGUUCUGAAGGGGCUGCAAAUGCUGACUUUGCCAGUACCAUCUUAUAUGCUGGAUUAGUGGAAGUACCUGAGAAAUCAUCUAAGCAACCCUCUGAAGUCAAUGUUAACCCACUCUAUGUCUCUCCUGAAUGUAAAAAACCACUAAUCCACAUGUAUGAAAAGGAAUUCACUUCUGAGAUCUGCUGUGGUUCUUUGUGGGGAGUGAAUUUGCUGUUGGGAACUCGAUCAAAUCUGUAUCUGAUGGACAGAAGCGGAAAGGCAGACAUUACUAAACUUAUAAAGCGAAGACCAUUCCGUCAAAUUCAAGUUGUAGAGCCCCUCAAUUUGCUGAUUACCAUCUCCGGCCAUAAGAACAGACUUCGGGUGUAUCAUUUGACCUGGCUGAGAAACAAGAUUUUGAAUGAUGAUCCAGAAAGUAAAAGAAGACAAGAGGAAAUGCUCAAGACAGAGGAAGCCUGCAAAGCUAUUGAUAAGUUGACAGGCUGUGAACACUUCAGUGUCUUGUGCAUUGAUCAAUCAGCAGACUCCGAAGGAGACUACAUGUCCUAUGAAGCCUAUAUACGAAUACUGGCAAAAAUACAGGCAGCUGAUCCAGCAAACCGGUUUAAGAGACCAGAUGAGCUCCUUCAUUUGCUGAAGCUCAAGGCAAGGAAUUUAAAGACAGCAAACAGAGUACAGGGCCAUACAAGGCUCUUAUGA